GACCGCCGGAACCACAGAGAGAGACGGCUGCGAAUCGCAGCUCGUCGGUCGGAGUCUAACAAAUCUCAGCCAUGGCGGCACCGGAAGCCCCUGUCAACUAUGUCGGUAUUGCCAAAAAGUCCGCCGCCUUCCGCCUCAUGAAGCAAAUGGGCUGGGAAGAAGGUGAAGGGCUUGGGAAAGACAAGCAGGGGAUCAAAGGCUAUGUUAGAGUCAAGAACAAGCAGGACACUUCUGGUGUUGGAGUAGAGAAGCCUAACCAGUGGGCAUUCGACACAACCCAAUUCGAUAACAUCCUCAAAAGAUUGAAAGUGCAAGCAGCGCAACCCGUUGUUGAGGAGAAGAAGAGUGCUGAAGUGGAGAGCGAUGAUGAUGAAUUGCCUAGUCCUGUUAAGGAACCAGUUGUCAAGGUUACUCGACCACAGGGAAGGUAUAAGAGAAGAGAAAGGGGAAAGCUUGUGGAUGCUUAUUCUUCCAAGGAUCUUGAAGGAAUCCUUGUAAAAAGGGCAGCGUCUCCAGAGAUAAAUUAUCUUGAUGAUGAGUCAGACAAAGACAAGGCAACUGAGAUUCAAGUUAUAUGUCCUGAAGAAACCACAUGCAAAGAGAUUCCUCCAAAUUGGUGGGGACAUAAAUAUGGGUUCGUCCCUGGGGGUUUGCUUGGAGCAGAAUUGAAAAGAAGGAAGUUAGAAAAUUCUCAAGCGAAUGAGAGAAAAAUGUUUUAUGAGGAUGAUCAAGUAAAUUUAUACAAUCUUGUUCAGGACAAAUCUACAACUGGAAAGCAAGGACUGGGCAUUAAGGACCGGAAAAAGAAAGUAGCUGGUUGCUUCUUUGAGGGGAAAAAGACAUCAUUCGAUGAUAGUGAUGAUGAAGAUUCUGCUGAUCCUAGCUCUCCCAUUGAAGACAAACAAGAUGGCUCUUUAGAAAUGGGAAGUAGCAACGAACCAAAAGUGAAGCUGAAAAAGCUUUGUAAGCAGCUUAUUUGUCAGGCACCUGGAGCGUCAUUAAAACUGAAAGCAUUGAAAGCUUUGAUUGAUGAACGUUCAUCUUCUGUUUUCUCCGACUUUUCUUCAAAAAGAGAUGCUCUUGCUUACUUGAAAACAAAGCUGGAAGGCAGCACAAAGUUUAUCGUGGAAGGGAAAAAGGUAAGUCUCAGAUCAAAGGCAGCAUGAAGAUUUUGGUAGAAUUGAGUUUAUACUAUUUUUCGUUUGCCAAUUUUGGGACUUUUGCGGCGUGAUCUGCACAUUGCAGCUGAGCCUAGUUUAUAGUUGAAUUAUUGAAGUAUGCCCUUGCUAGUUGUAGUAAUCAGUCGAAAGUAAAAUCCCAAGUGUCAUUUUUUUUCCUUGUGCUAAAUCUGUGUCCGUAUUGUAAGCAAUAUUACGGAAGUUGCUAUUUGCUAGUUAUUGUAAUGGCAAUAAGAUACCAGUGUAAAAGUUCAUUUAUAACAUCAUUGUCUGGCCUUCUGAUAACCUCAAUGGCUUCUGUGAACCAAGUACUAUUGUUUAAAUACUAUAUAAAUCACAUAUUAUAAGAUGAGGGGUUUCAAGC